UUAUAAUCGCAAUUACUCUUGUAGAAGUUGAUAUACUCCGCAUUGUUUUGAUUACUUGUUAAUUACUGUAUUAAGCUUUUUUCCCAUCACACCGGAGAAAAGGAAAGAACAUUUCCAACAUCGGACGGCCAUAAUUAAAUCUGCCAGCGUGGCAUCUCAAAUCAUACCCCUUUCUCUUUCUUCUUCAGUUCUUUGUCACCCACCUUCACAAAUUUCCUGUAAGUUUUUUUAGGACAAAAAAAUUAAAGAAAACCCCUUUGCCUGCCAAGAUCCCGAGAUCUAAGUCACAAAUUCUCAUAGUCAAAUGAAUCAAUUGAUCAAAAAUCCUCAGAAAUUAGGGAUUUAGAUCUUAAACUUCCUAACUUUUCCCCCAAUUUUGAUAUUGUCGGUGAAUUUUGAAGAUUGCUAGGGUUUAUUGAUUCCGAUUUCCGGCAAUGAGGUCAGCGCAAUCGUCGUAUCGAGAUAGAACACACGAGUUUCAGAGCAUUACAGAGAGGUUAAAGAAGUCGGUUCCAUCAAACGGGCCGAAUAAUGGGCCGAGUAGCAGUAGCACCACCGUCGGUGUUUCUCAGGUUAAUGGGCCUAGAUCCGCUGCUAUUCAAUCGGAAUUUAGCAAACGGGCAUCGAAGAUUGGUUUUGGUAUCCAUCAAACUUCUCAGAAGCUCGCCAAGCUCGCCAAGUUGGCCAAGAGGACAUCUGUCUUCGAUGACCCAACUCUCGAAAUUCAAGAGCUAACUGCAGUUAUCAAGCAAGAUAUUACUGCGCUUAAUUCAGCUGUGGUAGACCUGCAGUUUCUGUGCAACACCCAAAAUGAGAGUGGAAACAUUUCUAGUGACACCACCAGUCAUUCUACCACUGUUGUAGAUAACCUUAAGAAUCGUCUAAUGACUGCGACCAAGGAGUUCAAGGAAGUUCUUACUAUGCGAACUGAGAAUUUAAAAGUUCAUGAGAAUAGAAGGCAGUUGUAUUCGUCAACUGCAUCAAAAGAGCCUGCAAAUCCUUUCGUUCGUCAGCGACCAUUGGCUGCCAAAUCACCCAAUGCACCUGCUGCUCCUCCAUGGGCCAAUGCGGCUUCAACUUCAUCUGCAUUGUUUCCCAGAAAAUCGGCAGAUGGGGAUUCCCAGCCAUUGUUGCAACAACAACAGAAUCAACAGCAACAGAUGGUUCCAUUACAGGACACUUAUAUGCAGAGCAGAGCUGAAGCACUUCAAAACGUGGAGUCUACGAUUCAUGAAUUGAGUAACAUAUUUACACAAUUGGCAACAAUGGUAUCACAACAAGGAGAGAUUGCAAUCAGGAUUGACGAGAACAUGGAGGACACACUUGCAAAUGUUGAAGGGGCACAAAACCAGUUGGUCAGGUAUCUUAACAGUAUAUCCUCAAACAGAUGGCUGAUGAUCAAGAUAUUCUUUGUAUUGAUUGUAUUUCUGAUGUUCUUCCUAUUUUUUAUCGCGUAAAUGUCAUCAAAGAACCUUUUUUGGCUGAGUAUAUACGAUGAGAAAAUUCUAAAUGACCAAUAAAGAAAGGUGAUAUUUGUAGAUUGGGCUUGUCCCUUAUGUUAAAUUGCGGUAUUUCUCUCUUCUUUUUUGGUUUUUAUAUCUUUGGGGGGAAGAGGAUAGUGUGUGGCUAAAGUUGAAUUGUUGAAAUAGGUAAUUUUUUCGGUGAAACAAUAUGUAAUAUCUCACAAAUAUUGUAAACAUUGCUUAUAGUUUUCUUGUUGAAAGGUUCAUGUAGUUUUUCCUCCUGUCA